UGCCUUGAUUUGUGAAAACUCUUAUUUCGAAACAGGCUAGAGCUGAGUGAGGGAUCAUAAAGUACAGGAAAUUUGCUCUCUGGAAGUGUGUGAGAGAGAUUAUAGCUGUGUGAAUACUGUCGUGUGAGUGAUCACAACACUGACUGCUGCGCUCUCGAAGGGUGCUCCUUUGUACACAAACGAGAUCCGGGAGCUGCCUGUUCUAUUCCGCAAACGCUCAGAGGAAAACGGCGAGGCAGAAAGCGGUGGGCGGAAAGAGAAUUUAGGUUGUUGAAGACCCUAGGGAACUUUCACUCUUCACUUGAAAGGAAAUAACAUUGACGGUUAAAGUCAAAGAAAUUCCGUUUCCAUAGAUUAGAUGGCGUCAGUGAAUGACUCUCGCCUUCAGCAGCAGCCUGCCCAGAAGGAUGCUGCUGACCAGAACUUUGACUACAUGUUCAAGCUGCUGAUCAUUGGCAACAGCAGUGUGGGGAAGACCAGCUUCCUGUUCCGCUAUGCUGAUGACUCCUUCACCUCAGCCUUUGUCUCCACCGUGGGCAUAGACUUCAAGGUCAAGACCGUCUUCCGCAAUGAGAAAAGGAUAAAGCUACAGAUAUGGGACACAGCGGGACAGGAGCGCUACCGUACCAUCACCACAGCCUACUACAGAGGAGCCAUGGGCUUCCUGCUCAUGUAUGACAUCACCAACCAGGACUCCUUCAACGCUGUACAGGACUGGGCAACUCAGAUUAAGACAUACUCUUGGGACAACGCACAGGUGAUCCUGGUGGGAAACAAGUGUGAACUGGAGGAUGACAGGCUAGUCCCCACAGAGGAUAGCCAGAGACUGGCCAAAGAUCUUGGGUUCCAGUUUUUCGAGGCCAGCGCCAAGGACAACAUCAACGUGAAGCAGGUGUUUGAACGGCUGGUAGACGUCAUCUGUGAGAAGAUGAACGAGAGCAUGGGCGGAGAUGCCAACCUGUUGUCCAAUCACAGGAGCACCAGUCUACAGGACUCGCCUCCAGAGAACCAUGGGGGCUGUGGCUGCUAAAUCCCGCCUCAUUUCUCCUCACAGCCCCACACCAAACCCCGUCACUGUGCCUGAAGUAUAGAGAGUACACUUCUCACAUACACCCCAAUCUCACACCCCCUAACACAGCCACUGCAGUGAAAACCAUAAAGCAGCUAGCUGAGAGAGCCAUCGGUCCCCUCCCCUCGGUCCAUCCAGUGUUAUUCCACAUAUCCCCUGUUCUAGUUUUUGUAUUCCCUGAAAAGGCCUCUCUUGUGUACUGUGCCCCCCCCCCCCGGCCUCUACCACAUGGCACCCCCUCUGCUCUUCUGGCACAAAAAAAAUGUAAGUACUGUAUUUAUUGUGAGAAACCUUUUUAAUGGCUUUAUUUUUAAAGCAAAGCUAGUUCAAAUCAGCUUAAAGAAGUGCCAAUGUGAAGAAGAUUUGUCAUAAUGAAAUAGUUUCCAGUAGUCAUUAUUUUAGGUCAUUGUUGUGUUCAGAGUUUAAUGAAUGAAAAUAUAAUAGUUUUAGACUCAAACAGAGCAGAAGGUGCUUUUGUUUUGGAUGCCCCCUGGCUAGAUGCUCUGCUUUGAAUGUAUUCAUUGGACUAAACUUCUCAGAAUCCAAAAGCGGACAGAAAACGGCACCCCAAAACCUGAUAAAAGAAUACAACAAAAAUCCAUGUUUUCUGUCAUAAUCUUGAUCAAAAUCUAGAUGGAACUGUUAUUAAUGAAGAUGACAUCAUCCAGACAAUCACAAAACUGAGUUAUUCUGCUGCUUUGGCCUUUUGCUUCCUUAUUUACCUGACCUCCAUGCUUUACUCUGUGAUACUGAAGAUGCUAUUGUGCCAUGUCCUCCGAAUAAUUGUGCACUACUAUUCUUGAGACUUUAAUUACUACUGCUUAUGGGAAAGAGAAGGUGAAAAAGUAUGAGAUUCUGUUCCAAACAAUGUUAGAGCAAUGUUGUGCUCCAGGAUGUUUGUCUGGGAGGAAGUCGUAUAACACUAGUGACACUGACACGCGUCAUGUGAUCUGUUCUGGCAUGUCCUCACUCACCCCUUUGUGCCUCCCCUUCCUACUCAUUGUUCUUACACUUUCCAACCCGAUUGCACAAAGCUUCAACAGUGUCCUGUAAUCUGGAUGUGCCAGUGUAAACUGCCUGCAUUACUUGCAUGAUGUUACUGUACUGUUCUUACAUCUAAGUUAGUCUAUGAAGUAGCCUAAUUAAAUCAUGGUGAUUGGCCAAGCAUGACACCCAUGCUAAUUCAUUUUCCAAAUCAUAUGCUUAAACAGAAAGACAAAUGGUGCACCUAAAGCAUGUACAGUACAUUCCAUUGUACUGCUUGGAUGGCUUCAGUAGAAAAACAUAUGCAUGUCUCUACAACUGGACUGAGGAGACAUGCAUCUCCCCGUUCUCCGGCCUUCUGUUACUCACAGACACUGCCAUUUCCCUAUCACUAGCCCCACACUGUUCCCUGGCAAUCAGUUAGGGACAGGCACUGUCUCUGCAUGAUAGCAGCCUUAUGUUUUUACGCUAAAGCUGAGGGGUUGGGUCAAAGCCCGCCAAAAGUAUUUAUGAGCACCUACUUUCUCCAAUUGCUUAUCACAAAGACACCUAUCCACCUGGAUGCACAGCUGAUGCUGGCUCGCUGUUUGAUAUUAGCUGGCUGAUUUGUAUCAAGUGAUUUCCCCUGUUCAUCUCCUACCACGAGCAAGUGGUCUCGUUGUGGUGUGAAACACUUUACUGGAGACUUAACCGUUAACCUUUUAUAGCUGUGUAAAAACACUAUACCCACAUUACAUCUGCAUUAUGCCCAAGUUGUAAAGCUUUCUCCUGUGUGGUGUUUGUCAGUGUAUUUACAUUGUUUUUCUUUCUGCUGCUGAAGGUAACUGGAUUGAAAGUGGUGAGGUUUUACUGAAAGUCCUGAGGAGGACUUCUCUAAAUCACAUGCUGAUGCACUGAUACCCAGUUUAUCUAAAUACUUCAAUGUCAGUUGGUUGAAAGGACCCAUAACAUAUUUUUUGAUAAUUAUGUUCAUCUGAAGUUGUAAGUGAAUAAUUUUAUCCUUUGCAUUUUUUUUCUGUGGAAUUGGUUAGUUUUUGUGUAGUCUGGCAUUCCAUAGUUUAUAUAGGAGGUUUGUUAUAUUAUUAAGGGGAACUAUACUGUUGUCUUAAUGUAUAUUUGUUUUGUUGCUAUUUAAGGCUCUCUGUUUGAUGGAAAAUCUUAUUAGAAAAGGCAUAUACAUUGAAUGUGUUUAUGAAAAUAAAGACUUCAUUACAAAAUAUAAA